AUGCUGGACUCUAACAGUGAAAUAUCCAAACCUGAUAGACCGGAAGUGCCAGAAGAGCUUCAGCGCAAAGCAGAUUUGAUUAUCAGGGACUUCAGACGACUGGCCGAGCAGUACAUUCAUCCUUGGCCAAUCAAUAUUGCAAAAAAAGAUAUCUCUAUCGAGCACCUGAGGUCGAAGAAAGACCUGCUCACUGGAUUGGACUCGCGCCUUCUGCCUCGACUCCAAAAGCAAUGUGUCAGUCUAGCGGGCUUGUUGCACGACCCAUCCCACUUACGAGAAGACCCGACCUUAACUCUCAACCUCGUCUCAGAGACCCAAACAAAUCUUCAUCUGAUUCUGUGCCUACUUCAUAGUAACCUUGAGGAAAUAUUCCCCGAAAAUCCACCCUCACCUUGCCAGAAGAACGAUCAGCACUUCAAGGAAUUCAAAGCAUAUAGACUCUACCAAUUUGAUCGUUCUAUCAGAAAAGGUUUGAAAGACGGAUUGCAAAAAUUAUAUCAAGAGUCUGUUCAAAUCAUUGAACAUUUCAAGCUCUCAACCAAAAAUCAUACAAAUUUCGUUCAAGAGGCAUCUUAUAGUGUCAACGAAUCGAUCGAUAUAGCCAUCGGGUGGUCGAAAGGGCCCGACUUGAAUUUUGUCUGGGAUAUUUGGCAAGAUACGAUAGUCGAGUUCGAUAGCGACUUGCAAGAGCUAAUGGUCCAGAUGAGUCCCGCAAAGAUCUCGGAUGGAAACCCUGAAGACCCCCUGAGCCGACCAACAAUCGAAUUCGCUCGAUCAUUAAUCCCAAUCAUCAAACUAUCAAGAGUCUUUUUCACUAAACUAUUUCGAGAGGAAAACAGGAAGGAAAAGGCGGAAUUUUUCACAACUCUGUGCUCUGAUCAACUGAAUUCUCUGAAUACAUCGAUAGACGGGAUCUCUGACUAUAUUUUCGCCUUACCGAUUUACAUCAAAAAUGCUCAUAAAUUCCCCCGGAUAGUUACUACUUCAGGAAUCAUCGAAGGACUCAAUAAAGCUGUAUCCCAUUUUCUUUCUUAUUUCUCUAUUGUUAAAAUUGAUAUCCUGCCUAAUGAACCACAAGCUUUUGGAUGA